UCCAGUUCAGCAGGAGUACCUAGCUACGUAACUAAAAUGGCGGCGUCCUUGAGACACUCAACGUUAUUUACAACCGUGUGUAGGCAGUUAAAUUCCACACUAUGGCUGAACGUUGGAGGGAGGAGCAUCCACUCCUCUGCAGUCUGUUGUAAGAAUCGAGCAGCCCGUAUUCGUGUGGGUAAAGGCGACCGACCAGUGACAUAUGAGCAGGCCCUGCACCCUCACCAGAUAGCACACAGAAAGGGAUGGCUCUCACAGCAUACAAGUAAUCUCCAAGGAGAGGACGGUGCUGCAGAUCGGACUGUAGAAGACCUCUUCAUCCGGCGUCUCAUAUAUGGCACGUUCCACGGAUGUCUAGCUGAUGAACUGGUCAUUAAGCGCAGAGGCAACCUCCUGGUUAUUUGUGCUCUGAUGCUACAGAAGCUCCCUCCACAUAAAUAUUAUUUCCUUGUUGGUUACACCGAAGAAUUGCUGUCACACUUUUACAAGUGUCCUGUAAAGAUGGAGAUACAGAUGCUAGAGGAAAAAUCUGUCUACAAGUAUCUGUAAGACCCUCUGAUUGGUUUAUUCUGGUAAUAGAGGAAGAACUGAAAGAUACAGCAAGAUUUCCACUCAGCUAAUAUUGUUUAUGGUAGAAAUCUGAAGAUCAUGUGAAUAUAAUGUAAAUGGGUUGAUUCUUUUUUCUUUCUUUUAACUUGUCACCCUGUAUGCGAGUUUCCAAAUGUAAUAAUUCCAUUCAUAUGGAAAUAAUAAAAUGCUGUAAAUAUAAGAAUAA